AUGGCAUCAUCCCCACAAGGAGUCCUUGCUAUCUCCCCAGGGGAACGUAUAGCCCAAUUGUUACUUUUGCCUUUCCACUCUGAUGCACCCCCUAUGAAAGGAGAACGAGGAGAUAAGGGUUUUGGGUCUUCUGAUGCAUAUUGGAUACAAGAAAUAAGACAAACUAGACCUGAAUUGCAGUUAAAGCUUAAUGGAAAAACUUUUCAAGGUCUUUUAGAUACGGGUGCUGAUGUCUCUGUUAUUGCUGCAAGGCAUUGGCCUUCGAGCUGGCCCACAAAACCCACUAAUAUUCAGUUACAGGGCCUAGGCACACAAAAUGCUCCGCUGCAGAGUUCAGUGCCUAUAAAAUGGGAAGAUAAUGAUGGCCAUUCAGGAUACAUUCAACCUUUUGUAAUUUCCAAUGUACCUUUAAAUUUGUGGGGUCGAGAUAUCCUCGCUGCCCUGGGAGCGUUAAUAUGCAGCCCAAAUGAAGCAGUCACUACACAGAUGCUCCUUCAAGGAUACAGGGAGCAACAGGGUUUGGGAAAAGGAGGAAGAGUUCAACAGCCUUUAGAGGGCAAACUUCGGCCACCUCGUUUGGGAUUGGGUCAUUCUUUUUAG